AUGACUGACAGAGUGCUGGUGGUUGGGGGUGGAACGAGAGAGCUGGUUCUGGCCCAAAAACUGUCCCAGUCUGCCAGAGUGAAACAGGUUCUAGUUGCGCCGGGGAAUACUGGUGCUAUGGGCAGUGAGAAAAUCACUAACUCAGAUGUCUUAAUCAGCAACCCUAACAUAUUAAAGCAGUUCUGCAUAGACCACAAUAUCCGGCUGGUCGUGGUUAGCCAGAUUUCCCUCCUUGCUGCUGGAAUCCUUGAUAGUUUGACUGCAGUGGGAGUGAGGUGCUUCGGACCCACAGCGAAGGCGGCUCAGCUGGAGGCAAGAAGGAGUUUUGCUAAAGACUUUAUGGACCAACAUGGCAUCCCGAUGGUGCAAGGGAAAUCAUUCACUAACCCUCAUGAUGCCUGCAGCUUCAUCACCUAUGCAGACUUCGCUGCGUUGGUGGUAAAGCCGUGCUCCUCAGCAUCAGGGAGAAGCCUAUGUAUUGCCAGUGACAAAGAUGGGGCCUGCCGAGCAGUACAGCAGCUCACACAUGACACCUGGACACUUGGGAUCCCACCGGAAACCUUCUUAGUUGAAGAGCGCCUGGAAGGAGUGGAAUUUUCAGCCUCUGCACCUUUAUUAAGGAAGAUCCAGGAUACAAUCCUACAGCAAAUUUCUUGUGCUCUGAAGAAGGAAGGAAUGUCCUAUGCAGGGCAGAAUGAUAUGAGCUUGGAGGGGCUACAGUCCUGUGUUGCAUCUGCUUCAGCACAACAGAAUCGUGGGGCAGUCGCUGACUUUGCGGGAGCCGCCAGAACACGGGAAACGCACCCAAAGGACCGACAGAAACCAGAUUUUACAGCCACAGCAAUCAGUGAAGUCCAUUUAGAUGCAGAGCAAAGUGGGGAGGCCGCUUUCAGACAGGAUUCCAUCAAAUGUGGUUACCUGCCGCUAAAUGCAGCUCAGCACAAGGAUCCCAUGUUGGUAUGCACAACUAACAGCACAGACGCUAAAAUACAGAUAGCCAGAACAUGCAGUCAGCACAGCAAAGUGGCCGAGGGGCUGGUUGCUACGUGCAUGAAUGAUAUGUUAGCUCAGGGAGCCAAAACUCUCUUCUUCAUGCCCUACAUGGCUUGUGGCAAGCUGGAUGCUGAUAUAACUCAAUCAAUAGCAACUGGAUUAGUUUCUGCCUGUAAAUCAUCUGGCAGCACAUUGUUUGAAAGGGAAAUUGCCUACCUGCCCAAUGUGUAUCCCGAGGGCAGCUACACCCUGAGCGGCUGUGCAGUGGGAAUAGUAGAACGAGAGCACAAACUUCCCCAGCUGGAGAGAAUGAAGGCCGGAGACUGGAUCGUUGGGCUACGGGCAGCUGGAGUGCACUCUGACAAUACUGCACUUAUAGAAAAGAUCUUGAGAAAAUGUUCCAUUGACUACUCCUCCUUGUUGCCAGUGGGGAAAGGAGAGCAAACCUGGGGGGACAUGUUACUGAACCCCCCCCUCACCUACAGUAACAUCCUGCUUGCCUUUAUCCAGUCUGGGCACAUCAGAGCCUUCGCCCCUAUUACUGAAGGGGGGCUGAUGGGAAGUCUUCAGCGAGUCCUUCCACAAUCACUUGGGGUUAUUGUAGAUGCCCUGUGUUGGAGGCUACCAGCAAUCUUCUCUUGGCUGUACAAAGAAGGUGCCCUGUCGGAGCAAGAGAUGGUCUCCAGUUUCAACUGUGGCCUUGGGGCUGUGCUGAUCGCCCAGAAGGGUUUUGCCCAACAGAUUGUGCUGCAGUUACAGAAGCAAGAAGAGGCCUGGCUGAUUGGGGCUUUAAUUCAACAUCGAGGAGAACAUUCUCCAGUACGAGUUACCCAUAUGCUGGAAGCCCUGAGAGUGAACUCUUUCCCAUUACUGAAGAGCCUAACAGUUCAACGAGCAUCAGGCAAUACCCGCAAGGUUGCAGUCUUCAUCUCUAGCCCAGGCAAGCUCUGCCAAUCGCACUCUCAGUAUUAA